UCAGUGUAAUAUCACCAUAGACACUAGGGCAGCUCUCCCUUAUCACACGGCUGUGGAGCAUGCCAGUCGCGGGUAGAAGUGUUAUGCUGGGACUUGUAGUCCCACAGGAGCUGAAGAGGCGCAGGAUGCCUUAGAUGAGGCUUAUAUCACCUUACUGCUCCUUGCAGGGGCUGAUCACAGAUCUGAGCAACACUUAUUUUCCAUGACUGGUUUAUAAUUCAUAUUGGGGGGGAGGGGUUCUCUGUUUCCCCCAAACAAUCGUGGGCAUUGGGCCUGGUCCAUAGCUGUGCACUAAUGCUGCCGCAUAUGCAAUCUGUGUCUAAGGGGAUGUGCGGAAAUAUGCUAAUGCUACAGCCGCUGGGAUUUGUAUAGAGACACCCAUUGGAGCCUUUGCAGCAUCGGCGCAGAUCCGGGGAACAUCCGCCACUGAAAACCAUAACACCUGUAUGAAUGGCACCAAGAGGCUCCUUGUCGGCACUGUGCUCUCCAUCCAGAACAGCAGCUUCACGUAUCCCGCUUGUCCGGACUGCUUCUCCAGGCUGAUACGCACAAGCAGCAGGUACCAGUGCCAGCGGUGUGGCGGCACGUGUAAAGUCGCCAUCCACCGAUAUAAACUGUGUGUGAAAGUGGCCGAAGACCAGAAGCUUCAUAUUAUCACUGUCUUUGGAAGAUGUUUGGAGAAGGUUUUUGGGGCCAGCGCUGAUUUCCUGCACAGGCACUUGCUGGGUUCCGUCCAACUCCCCGCUCCUCUAGAAAGCGGCAGAGCACAGGAACUACUACUCCAGGCAGCAGAAUAUUGUCUCAUCGGCCGAAGCUUCAUUUUUUCUGUGAAGAUACCAGGAGAUCUGGGAAGAGGAGAUUCAGUUUCUCUGUCUGACUCAUGCCGGAACAUAGUUGCGUGCCAGAUUAUUCUCCCAAACGAUGACCCAAUUGGCUGCACAGUUAUAAACCACUUUAAUCAUCUGGUGGAGUCCGGAUUGAGCAACAGUUUGACAAAUGCCAGGGCUGAAACCUCUGCCGAUACCACACUUAGUGAUUCCAGUGAUUUGGGGUUUUCUGACGGCAGCUACAGCCUUAGUCAGAGCAGGAAUCUGUUUGCGGAUUACUGGCAACAGUCUCUGGGCUUAUCACCCUCGCCCCUGGUCAGUGCGUUGGCGGAAUCUGCACUCUGCGAUUGCAGACAGUGUCGGUGCAACCGACCAGAGCAGCUCUCGCACCGAGCGGAGCACAUAUCCCAGGACAAUACAGUCUUUGUGCGGAGACAAAUAAAUCCACCAGAAGACAUACUCACUACCACUCCCUGCAGCAUUCGGUGUACCAGUACUCCAAGAUCCACACAUUCCUCGCUAAGGACUUCCAGGUCAGCUAACGGUAUGCGUUACUGCAAACCCCAGAGUGCCUCACGUGUGCAGAAAAUGGAUUUCGGGCAAGAAAGCUAUUUGCAAAACAUUUGUAACUCAGGCGGUUGCAGAAGCCAAGACGGCUCAGGGGACGGGGAGCAGCUUCUCCCUCAGCAUGUGACCGCAGCUGAAACCUACCAAGGCCAGGACGGAACCUGGGAAGACUUCCCGUUCUCUGAAAGCCUGAGCAAGCUCAUAGCAGGAAUUGAGAGCAGUGAAGGCACAAGAUCUCCCUUCUGCGUUACAGGUAAUGAAUUCUGUUUGAUCACGAAAAUGGAAGGGAAACGUUUCAGAGAGCGGUUUGACAGUAUUAAAACGCCAGAUGUCUUAUUACCGCUGCCAGCGGAGAAAUCAGAGCACGGAACAGUAAUGGAAGACACAGUGCGAUUCGGCUUGGACGGAUCGAAGACACUUGUUUUAAGCCAUUCCUGUGACAUUAGCAAAACCGACGACAACCAUUCACCUUUUGAACAGCGCAUUUCGCCAUCCAGCCACCUCCAGAGAUCACUAGAGGAAAGCCGUGAACCUGAUUAUAUAUCAAGGGACUUGCGUUCCACUUCACCAGCUCCCCAGGAUUCUUCAGUGACCCCACAAUGCACAUGCCCCACACGGAAUGGAAACGGGUUUCAUAGUUGCACAGAAGACAAGGGGAGCGUUAUAAUGGUUAACGUUUCUCAGCAUCCUAUAAUGAACAUAAAUACGUAUGUCAUUUCAUUAGGGCAGGAUAGCUUUUCCAGUCUUAGGGGAAAUGGGAUAAAUUGCACAUGGCAAGACGUGGAUCUGGGGGUAUUAAACACUAACGUUCUGAAUGACAGAGACCACAACAGUGAAGUAUAUAACGCUUCAUCAGAUCUGUUUGACACCAGCAAUAAUACAGAGGGGACCUUAGCGGUAGUCCCACAUCCACAUUGCACAGAGACACUGGAAAGACUAGAAAACCAAAUGAAUAAACAGUACCUCAAAUACACUUAUUGUCGUAGACCUUCCCACACAAAUACUUGCUACUUGACAGAGAACCGUGACAUUGCAGAUAAAGAUUGGGACUUUGUCCCGUAUUUACAGUCUACUCCAGCGCUGAGGCGACUCUCGGGAGCUAACUGCAUUGCCGGUGACGGGUGGCCUUGUAAUAACACCUCCAAUGCCAAAUCGUCUUUACUUUCCAUAGGGAGGAAGUCGCAUGGCUCCGUUACCAAGUUCCUCUUACAGAAAACCAGACCAUCUUCGUCAGAGUGUAGAUCCACCCUGUUUUGUGCUGUCGCUGAUAACUUCCCUCUUCUCUACUCCCCAGUCUCCGCUUCAUUUCCAAAUUCACAGGUGUCAAGACUGAGGACCCUAAAGCAGAGAAGCACAAUGUCUGUCUGUAAAUCCACGAGGAGAAAAAGGAUCUUGGCGAAUAAAGAAAACUGCAGUGUCCAAAGUUAUCUUAACAGGCCUAACAAUGAAACGGGACGUACGGUAAUAGAGUCGGGCUGUAUGAUUGCCAACAGAGGUGAAAUGGAUAAAUAUAACGCACAGGGUAACAUUGCACAUCUGUCUCCCGUGGUCUGUUCAUCGCAGCAACCUGAAUUUCAGUUUUCCCCCAUACAAACCCAUCUUCCUAGCGACUGGUCCCCUGAACUCUUUUCUGAAAAUUCCAAUGUUUGUCGGCAAAGAGACGAUCUUCAGAGGCGUUUGUUCUAACGGGAAGUAGACCAAUAAAAUGAAUUUCUGAAAAGCAAAAACUUUGGUCCAACGUAGCUCUUGGUAUAUACAAAGGUGCGCCUGUUUGUCCGCCAAGCGCAUAUCAAGUUGCGUGGUCAUGUCCUGGUCUUCUUAUCUUAUCACUCCUUUACAAAUGAUAAAUAGUGCUCUAGCAAAUCCGCUCCCAACUGUCAUGUGUUUAGCUCCCAACUGUCAUGUGUUUAGCUCCCAACUGUCAUGUGUUUAGCUCCCAACUGUCAUGUGUUUAGCUCCCAACUGUCAUGUGUUCAGCUCCCAACUGUCAUGUGUUCAGCUCCCAACUGUCCUGUGUUCAGCUCUCAACUGUCCUGUGUUCAGCUCUCAACUGUCCUGUGUUCAGCUCUCAACUGUCUUAUGUUCAACUCCCAACUGUCUUAUGUUCAACUCCCAACUGUUAUGUGUUCAACUCCCAACUGUCAUGAAAAAUGACAGGAACUGAUUGGCUUGAGCAGCAUUUAUCAUUCAUAACGAGUGUUAAUGAGAAUAUCACUCGUUGUUAAAUCUGCUCCUGAGGUUCUACACUUUAACACUUUUCCUAAAUGAUCCACCAUGGCUUUUUGAAUUUCGUGUUCCAAUGCUUUAUUUAUUUCAUGAACUGUUUGACAGGUUGUUGUUGUUUUAUAACGAUCAACCAGAGGGAAGGAAUAAAGAAGAUCUAGUUAGAUGGUUAUACUUACAAUUUCUGCUGUUUUGUUUGAUUUAAGUUCUAGUAACUUGGAAGUUUUUAUGCCACUCAGAACCUGUUUCUUUAUAGUUUGGUCAUCAGAAAUGUUUCCAGUUCCAGUUUGCUGCUAGUUAACGUCCGUUACAGUUCUGUGUCUCUGUCUCUCGCCUGUCGUCACCUUUUACUUCGCAAUUGUCGUUUUUCCACCUCUUCCCCCUUAAGAAUGUAUUUUUGGCACAGUCACCCAGUAACUUUUGUCCAUAUUGAUUUUCAGUCCCUUCCCUGGCUGGUCUACAAUAAGAAAUGUAUACAUUCCCAUAAUCCUACGGUACAUACAGGGCCCUGUCCCAGCAGCAAAUCGUAUUGGUCAGGCUUAAAAAGGAGGGCGCUGACAUUUCAUAUCUGUGCAGAUGCACCAUAGGAUUGUUGGAUCUCAUUUGGGGAAUGCAUUCAACCCACUAUGAAGCCGCAAUGUUGCCGGUUGGUAGCAAAGCGAUAGGCUGCAGUCUUAUACGCCCCCAAAAUAUGUCUGCCCACGGGUUAUAGGUAACAGGUGUGAUUUAAAUUGUGAAGAUAGCUCACAGGUUUGUCUGACUAGUUCUUCAAUUCAGUACAAUAUUUAAUUUUUAAUUAUACACCAGUUAUAUUUCACUUGAAUUUGCAUUAUUAAUGAUCGCUCGUUAUUUAUUUCUCUUACGUCCUAGAGGAUGCUGGGGACUCCGUAAGAACC